AGCUGUUAGCGAACAAAACUGAAGAAGCAGGAGAGCAGGGUCUACAGAUCGAAGCACUACGGGUGACCAGCACUAUUGCUCCAAUCAUGAGCGAAGAAUCAGAAGAUACUAGAAAUGAAGCUCUGAUUUUCAAGCCUGGUAAUGAGGUUACGAUCCUUCAAUCCAGAAUCAUUACCUCUGGUAAUAUUCCUAAAGCUCUGAUUGAUUCGGAUGGUGAGAAUAUGGAGCUGUCAGCGAACAGAGCCGAAGAAGCAGGAGAGCAAG